GUCGAAUGUGGACACGCAAAAUGCGGAGAAAGGUGACGCCGCCGUCUAAUGCAGGUCUAAGUGAGGUUCUGGUUCGCUAGCACCGAUCCUCACACUGCUUUCACUUUUCUGCGUUCGUGUCUCCGACAGUCCAACACAAUUCCCUCGGUUUUCUUGUCCUUUAUUUUAGAUGGAACCAGAGGUUGCAUCAAUUCCAGAUUUUGAUAAUGCUGAAAUGAGAAUUUCCAAUGGUAAUGCCACUGAAGUGGAGAAUGUCAGGCACCGUGUUGAUGAAAUUUUUCAAAAGGUUGAUAAGCUUGGGCAAAAAGUGAAUGAAGUGGAACAAUUCUAUUCGAAUAAGAGUAAAAAGCAAUCAAGUGGUUCUAAAAGUAGCUCCGGUGGAAAGGAUGGAAAUAAGGAAAGACAUGUUCCUAGCAUUAAAAAGCAGCAGCAAGAUGCAUCACGACGGGAAGCAGCAGCUGCAAAGAGAAUGCAAGAGCUUAUGCGCCAAUUUGGCACAAUAUUGCGCCAGAUCACACAGCACAAGUGGGCAUGGCCAUUUAUGCAGCCAGUAGAUGUCAAAGGUCUUGGUCUACAUGACUACUAUGAGAUCAUUGAAAAGCCAAUGGACUUCAGUACUAUAAAAAAUCAAAUGGAGGCUAAGGAUGGUACUGGUUACAAGCAUGUUCGGGAAAUUUGUGCUGAUGUGAGACUGGUUUUUGAUAAUGCAAUGAAAUACAAUGAUGAGGGAAGUGACGUUCAUUUUAUGGCCAAAACUUUGAUGGGAAAAUUUGAAGAGAAGUGGCAGCAGCAACUCCUACCAAAAGUUACAGAAGAGGAGAAAAAACGGGAAGAGGAGGAGGCUGAGGCACAGGUGGAUAUGCAGCUUGCUCAAGAUGCUGCUUUUGCCAAAAUGGCCGGAGAUAUAAGUAGUGAGCUUUAUGAGGUUGACACACAUCUGGAAGAACUGAGAGAACUCAUUGUUCAGAAGUGCAGGAAAAUGUCGACUGAAGAGAAAAGAAACCUUGGGACAGCUCUCACCAAAUUGACUCCGGAGGAUCUCAGUAAGGCAUUGGAAAUUGUUGCUCAAAAUAAUCCAGGCUUCCAACUAUUGGCCGAUCAGGUCGACCUUGAUAUUGAUGCACAGAGUGAAUCAACAUUAUGGAAGUUAAAGUUUUUCGUGAAGGCUGCUCUAGAUGUUCAGGCCAAGAGCAUGACAAGCACAGGUGGCAACAACAAUAACAACAAUGAAAAAAGCAAUGCCACCACCACCACCAACAACAACAAACGAAAGAAAGAGAUAUCUGACGAUCACAUUGCCAGAACAGCCAAGAAAAAAGGUAAGAAGGGCUCCUCUUGAUCCCUUAUCCUAGGGGCAAGUGUUGGGUCAGAUGUCUCUUGUUGUAUUCCAUGAAAAGAAAUACUCCCUGGGAAGGAGAAAUGUUCAGAAGCAGACAAUAAAGCCUAAUAAGUUAUGUGGUGAGAAAUCAGCAUCAACGUCAUUUUUGGUGCAAACAAAAACAAACCAACCAAAAUCAUUCGUUAGCUUCAGUCCUUCCCAUAAAUAUAAACAAGCACAGAUCUUAUUAGUGCUUUGAUUCUCUGUAAAAUUUCAUUCUGUUGUCCUCAUAUUUGUGUUAACAAAUAAUCAAUGGGUAGGUAAACGAUUUUCCAUGUGAUGAGGAUGUUAUUUUUCAGUCUUAAAUCUCCCAUGUCAAUAUCUUAUAUAGUUUCGAAAAACAUUAGAAGGGGUUGAAUUUAAGGGUGUUUAUUGAAUCACUGUAGUUUUAAGAUGGAGAUAGGUUGAUGAAUACAUAUUUUCAUUUUAU